ACGAAAACAAGAAUCUAUGUUGGGUUUCUCCGCCAACUUCCAGCAACACUUUAAGUUGCUGAUUCAUUUACCUUUAAGUACUUCCACUUUCACACUCAGACCAAAUCUCUCAUUCAUUCUUCAUUAACUAACAUCCUCUGCAGGAAAUCUUAUUCAUUUGAUUAAUAAAUAAGUUCUUAAAUAAAUAUCAAUCAAUCAAUAAUGGAGAUCAAAGCUAGAGCUCCUGGGAAAAUUAUACUCGCCGGAGAACACGCCGUGGUUCAUGGAUCAACUGCCGUAGCUGCCAGCUUUGAUCUCUUUACUCUUUGCUCUCUCCGUUUUCAUUCUGAUUCUGAGAAUGAUGAUACACUCAACCUGUCUCUGAAAAGCGUGGGAUUAGAAUUUUCAUGGUCAGUUGGAAGAAUUAGAGAAGCACUUUCUCACUUGGGUGGUCCUUUCCUGUCAACACCCACUUCAUGCUCAACAGAAGCUGUUAGAUGUAUUGCAGCUCUAGUUGAAGAACAAAACUUUCCGGAGGCUAAAAUUGGACUUGCUACUGGCGUGUCUGCUUUUCUCUGGUUGUACACCUCUAUUCAAGGGUUUAAGCCUGCCACAGUGGUUGUUACAUCCGACCUUCCAGUUGGUGCAGGCCUUGGCUCAUCAGCUGCAUUUUGUGUCUCACUGACAGCUACUCUAUUGGCUUACUCAGAUUCUGUGAGUUUGGAUAAGAACCAGCAAGGAUGGCUUGCAUAUGGGGACAGUGAUCUUGAUCUUUUAAAUAAAUGGGCUUUCGAAGGUGAGAAGAUAAUUCAUGGAAAGCCAUCUGGACUUGACAACACAGUCAGCACAUAUGGCAACAUUAUCAAGUUCAGGUCAGGUAAUCUGACACACAUCAAAUCCAAUAUGCCACUUAAAAUGCUCGUUACUAACACUAAUGUUGGGAGAAACACAAAGGCAUUUGUUGCCAGUGUUUCAGAGAGGACCUUGAGGCACCCUGAUGCCAUGAGUUCUGUGUUUACUGCUGUUGACUCUAUUAGCAAGGAGUUGUCUUCCCUUAUCGAGUCACCUACUCCUGAUGACCUCUCCAUGACUGAGAAGGAAGAGAGGUUACAAGAGUUGAUGGAAAUGAAUCAAGGUUUGCUCCAAUGUAUGGGGGUCAGCCAUGCUUCUAUAGAAACUGUUCUUCAUACAACAUUGAAGUACAAAUUACCUUCCAAGUUGACUGGAGCUGGGGGUGGGGGCUGUGUGCUUACACUGCUGCCAGCAUUGUUAUCAGGCACAAUUGUUGAUAAAGUAACAACAGAGUUGGAGUCAUGCGGAUUCCAGUGUUUGGUUGCAGGAAUCGGUGGAAAAGGUGUUGAGAUUUGCUUUGGUGAGUCUUCCUGAUUUCUGGAAGCAGCAUGGAUCACAGAAAUAUCUAAUUGUUGUCAUCAAAUAAUCACAUGAUAACGUAAGAUCUAAGUUUGUAACCUUUUUUGUUCUUCCAGGCUUGAUUUGUAGAUUAGGCUGGCUGUUUUAUUUUCUGAUCUUUUUUUCCUUUUAAUUUUUGAGAUCGAUUCUGCUUCCCUUGUAUCACUUUCCAAGGAAUAUUUAUCGUCUCUCUACAUGAAUAAUUCAAAAACAGCUGUAAAAUUUUGCAUGAAUAAUAUAUCAGAAGAUGCAUUUGAA